GUAGUUUUUCCAAGUUUGAAUGUUAAUUUGUGUUAUCUGCCACAAAAAUAUCUACUCCCUCUUCUUCCCGGUGGCAACUAAAACCUCUCGAAGCUUCUUCCUUCAUAUCUAUCUCACAAUGCAAAAAGGAAGGAGAAGAUAUUUUUUUCUCUCUCAUCUAACCUCUGCGUCCAGAAAUUACCUUUUUCUCCUUCCCCAUUCGUUUAUAUCUUCCUUUAUACCCUUCCUCUCUACGUUUUUACAUUCCUUAAUGGCUUUCGGUUCUCCUUGUCUCCUUUGAAAACCUUCGCCGUUGGAAUUUUCCGGUGCUUCUUCUGUGAAUUCAUGGAUCGGGAAGGAGGAUCCAACGGCGGCGGAUCUUGCUACUACUCCGUCCUAGGGAUUCGCAGAGACGCCUCCUCCUCUGAUAUUCGUACUGCUUACCGGAAACUCGCCAUGAAGUGGCACCCGGACAGGUGGACGCGGAACCCUGCGACGGCCGGAGAAGCGAAGCGGCGGUUUCAGGAGAUUCAGGAAGCUUACUCAGUUCUCUCCGAUCAGUCGAAGAGAUCAAUGUACGAUGCGGGGCUGUAUGAUCCUCUUGAGGAAGAAGACCAAGGAUUUUGUGAAUUCAUGAAUGAGAUGAUCUCAAUGAUGAACAAUGUCAAAGACGAGGGGGAAAGUUUGGAGGACUUGCAAAGGAUGUUUGUUGAGAUGGUUGGUGGAGAUGGGAUGAGCUUUGACUUGGACCAGGAUCAGACGGCUGGGAAGAGGGCACGCGGCAGUGGAUCGAAGGGCAGCGCAGCCCAGCGUAGCACCUCUUGCCGAUAGUGCGGUGUAGUGGAUCCAUGUUGUAAUUUUAGAGUUUGGAAAUUGGAUUGGAUUAUUGAUAUGAAAUCUCUAAACUUUUCAAACAGGUCAGCUAUAGCGAGUUAGGUAAUGCACCAAUUGCAAUUAAGACAUGUUUGUUUUAUUUUGUUUGCGUGGCUAUAAAAAUCUAAAGCGUUUUGGUAA